UGAUGGAAGCGUUAAUUUACCAUUCAGACGUGCAGUUGAAACGUAUAUUAAUUCACUACCUUUAUUUACAAAUUGUAAACUAAAAAAACAAAAAACUAGUAAAGGACAAAUUAAAAUGACAAAUAGAUUAGAUGAUAUACUUGAGCUUACCAAUAAAGGUCGUGAUUCAUAUAGUGGACUUGGAGAGUGUAAAUCCGAAUGUCCAAAUUUUUAUUUAAAAAAUAACCUUAAAAAUGAUUUCGAUAUGCACAAAUGCGCAGUUCAGAUUAUUAUGAAAGUUAUGCUUUCUGACAUUGAAGAACCUUUACCAGUACAGUUAGUUAUUAAGAAUACAUAUAGAUCAUUGUCAAUACCUGCAGCAGAACCAAAGUUAGGCAGAAUCAAUUUGAGUCUUCAAACUUGUGAUAUGGCAAUAGCUGCACAUUGUGGACACCGUACCUCUGGAACAGAAAUUGCAUUAAAAGUCUUAUUCCCAUACAAUAAUGCAGACGAGAUCAAUCUUCGACAUGUGUAUAAAUCAGGCAAAGAUUUGUGCAAUGAACAACAAUUAAAAAGGCUUAUUAAAAAAGAUGAUCAUCAAUUAUAUGAAGAUGCCAGUCCAUGGACUAUUUUGAAUCAAUUGCUUACUUCAGAAUUGAAAAUACAAGGAAAAGUUCUUUAUUACCAAUGUCAGGACGUCUCAGCUUCAAAAAAUAGUCCAGAAUACUAUUAUCAGUUAACUUUAAGUGAUAAAUUAUGGCUUAGUCAAGGCUGUGAUUAUGGACAAUUCUGUUUUGGAAUUGAUGUUAAAUAUGAUUUAAAUAAUGAAGAUGCACUAGUAUUGUUUAUGAUUAUCAAGGAUCAGGCUGGAUAUAGUUCUCCACUGGCUUUUGGUUUUAGUAAUAAAGAAAACCAUUAUACAAUACAGUUAGCAGUACAGGCAGUAAAGGCUAAUAUUCCAUGCAAUAAUCCUCAUUGUAUGCACCAAUAUCGAUAUAUUGAUUUGCCAGAUGGGCGGGGAUUUAAGCAUAUAUGUGAAUGUAUAUUAUAUUGGAAUCCAUUAGCUAUGAUAGAUAAGCAUCGGCCGACCAAACUUGCAUUACAAAAUCUUGUUCGUGGUACUAUCUUAUGUUGGUUUCAUAUAAUUAAAUCUGACAAUGAGGCAGCUGAAAUGGGAAACGAAUAUAAGAAGUUUAUAUACUUUUUACCACUUGAUGACAAUGUUAAAAAUCUUUUGAUUCGUGAUUUGGAAAUGAAUUGGAUUUGCAAUGAAUGGAGGCAAGGUUUUAUUGAUGGAGGGCGAGAACCACAAAUGUAUGCUUUAACUGGUGCAAAGCCUAUGACAACAAAUAACUUAACAGAGAGAAUGAAUAAAACUAUAGAAUCAUGGCAUAGUGGAAUUCAGACAGUUUUAUCAUUCAUUGAGUGUUUAUAUGGUGUCAAAUUUAUUAAAAAGUCAUUGGUUCAAAGUGAGCUAGGUGAAACUUUAUCUGAUGUGGAGGUGUCAAAACAAAUUGAUAAGAUGAUUAUUAAAUUAAUCAACCAUGAUAAUAUUAACAUACCAGCAUCUCAUUAUCUCAUUAAUAUAUCAACUAAUAAGUGCAUAUGUUAUGAUUAUGUCUGGAAUGGAUCAUUUAGAGAUGCUUGUAAACACAUUUAUGCAGCACGAAUUUAUAUAGACUUAUCACGUAGAAAACUACAAAAACAAGAUAUUAAAGAAAAAUUAGUAGAGCAUUUCAAAAAUAAGGAGAGAGCAAUUGCAUCAGAGAAUAAAAAUUAUCUUAUUUACAAUAGGUCCAGUGAACAAGCCUAUCAAGAGAUUUUACGACUCUUUAAUGCUGUAGAUUACACUUGCGAUACUGAAAAUAUUAAUGCUUAUGAUGACGAAUAUGAUGACUCUUUUGCUGAAUCUGCAAAAUAUGCUCAGAGUGAUGAAUAUAAAGAACUUCCACCUUCUGUUCAUAGACAAAAUACUACAAGAAUUCGUAAUAAGCAUAGAGCUUCCACUCAAUCUGUAGGUCUAUUAGCCGAAAAAGAAAAUAACAUGGCUUUAGCGAUGAAGAGAUCAUUAGAAUAA